AAUCGGAACAGGUUACAAGGGGAACUGAUUAAUGUGCAGCGUUGUUUUCUCUUACGUAACACGGUACGGUUAUAUGAUACACAACCGAGGAAACUUGCUGGCGGCUGUAAUGAAGACGCCAGUGCGUGUGCUGAGGUUGCCCCGCGGCCCGGAUGGUUCUAGCCGCGGAUUCGACCCCAGCUCGGCCCGCUACCAGGCUCUGUGCCCGUCUACCAUCUCCGCCUCGGACCCAGUGGACUGCGUGGAUCUGAAAAGCGAACAGAGAGCACGCUCGGUUCUGCGGGAGCGUUACCUGCGGAGUCUGAUCUCCAUGGUUAAAAGAGACGUGAAGUUCACCAUGUACGAGAAGGUGAAAGUGGAUGCAGUGUUCCAAGCCUCGGAUAUCGACAUUUUAAACUUCCAAGUGGCGGAUUUGGAGACCCCGCUUGGGGUGCAAAAGGAGGCGCUGAUACGUUGCCCGGACGUAAUCUCCUAUUCUUUUGAAAUUGACUCCAGUAAAAUGUGAAGGGAAUGGAGAGGGUACCAGUUUCUGAGCUGGUUGGCUGAAUUUAAACUAUGUACAUGUUAAGUCUCUCCUGAACCCUUAACGCGACUUCUGACCCUGUUCUGUUCCAAUAGGAACACCAGCCACUCUCCCGGUUUCCUCCUAGGGGCAUUCUACCCUGAAAAUCUGUACUGCGUGUUUAUGAAUUACAUGGACAUUUACUGACUAAACAGAGAGCAUAAAGUAACCUGUGUUUGAUAAGUUCUCUCUAAUUGGAUACAAGUGGAAUCAAUCCUGUUCAGACUGGUGUACUGUUAUGAUCAUAUUCUGUACCACAAUAAAAUACGUUGAUUACUGU